GAAAGUUGCGCCCCUGGUAGAAGCAAAGAUGAGUGGAAUGACUUACACUUGUCAAUUUGUUGCAGCUUGGAAAUUAAAAUGUAAUGUCCCAGAAAUCUUAGCGUAACCAUCAAAAACAUACUUGGCUACACCGUGUUGUAUAAGGAAGGACACACAUAAAUCGGCAUCCAUGCGCAUGAAGGCAUAACAGCUAGCUAGCUAAGCUGAAAAAUGUCCUCCAUGUCUGCUGCCAGCGUCGGGCCAUUGAGGGCCAAUGAGGGCACAGAGAAGAAACCACUGAAACCCUGUUGUGCGUGCCCUGAGACGAAGAAAGUCAGGGAUGUUUGCAUCAUUGAGAAGGGUGAAGAAAGUUGCACAGAUCUCAUCGAGGCACAUAAGGAUUGUAUGAGGGCGCUUGGAUUCAAGAUUUAAUAUAACUCCAUAUAAUAAGUGGUCGAAGUUACUGUCUUGUCUCAUCUCUACAACUCCCGUACGGGCUCGGGAGAGACGAAGGUCGAGAGCCAUGCGUCCUCCGAAACACAAUCCAAGCUUCUUAACACAGGGCGCAUCCAACCCGGAAGCCAGCCACACCAAUGUGUCGGAGGAAACACCGUACGACCUGGUCAGCGUGCACUGCGCCCAGCCCGCCACAGGAGUCCCUAGUGUGCGAUGAGACAAUGAUAUCCCUGCCGGCCAAACCCUCCCUAACCCGGACGACGCUUGGCCAAUUGUGCGUUGCCCCAUGGACCUCCCGGUCGUGGCCGGCUGCGACAGAGCCUGGGCUCGAACCCAGAGUAUCUGGUGGCACAGCGAUGCAGUGCCUUAGACCACUGCGCCACCCAGGAGUCCUCUCUUUGCUUUUUUGAGCUGUUCUUGCUAUAAUAUGAACUUGUUCUUUUACCAAAUAGGGCUAUCUUCUGUAUACCCCCCUACCUUGUCACAACACAACUAAUUGGCUCAAACGCAUUAAGAAGUAAAGAAAUGCAUUCCAUGUGACUAGCUCAUGAAGCGGGCUGAGAGAAUGCCAAGAGUGUGCAAAGCUGUCAUCAGGGCAAAGGGUGGCUACUUUGAAGAAUCUAAAAUAUUAAAUAUAUUUUGAUUUGUUUAACACUUUUUUUGUUUGUUUACUACAUGAUUCCAUAUGUGUUAUUUCAUAGUUUUGAUGUCUUCACUAUUAUUCUACAAUGUAAAAAUAAAGAAAACCCUUGAAUGAG